AUGAAUUCGAUAUUACGCGUAUUGGUUCGCGCACCAGAGCCAGCAUCGACUCCCUUAUUCUCACGGUAUUUUUCUGUCUACCAUGCCGUACACGAGAAGGGGGAUUACGUCAGGCUACGCGAGAAGGAUCCUGAGGCUUACAGGCAGAAACUGGACAAACACAAUGCCUACACGGCCAGGAGACGCUCGGAAGAUCCAGUGGCUUAUAGGCGGCUGCUGGACUCGAGGGCUGAGGCCAGACAAAAAUGGCUUCAGGAUCCAGCGAACCACGCAAAAGAACUAGAGAGAUCUAGAUUCCACCACGCCGUCAACAGGGGGAAAGAACGUGUCGUUUUUCUUGUGUCCAUGACGGAUUGGUCUCGCAGGUCCGCGUGGUUCGGCGAUCUGCCAUGGAAAUCGCAUCGGCCUGUCUACUACAACAAGCGGGUGGAGCACUACUGCGAGGGUUGCAAGUGGACGGUAAAGGGAGGACGCAAAUUGUGGUGGAAGCAGAUUCAGUCGUCCUCAACGGCAGACGCCGACUCUUGGUUGUGUAACAGCUGUUACGUUCCACAAACGAACUGCAGAGAAGCCAUGCCCAGAGGUUAUGAAGAUCUCACCACCUUCAAAGACAUUGCCAAAAGACGAGACGAAUUGGGUCAUGGCGCAUGA